AUGGCGAGGAAGCUCAGUGUAUUGGAAGUCUUCCUGAUCAUUUUCAAUGUGGUUGUACUGGCAGUAGAUAUCCUUUUGUUGCUUCUCGUGCUAGAGAACCCAUCAGAUAGUUCAUUCACUCCUGAAUGUCCAGACAUCUCUGAGUCAGAAAGGAUAGACUGUGCACCUGGCCAGGUGGUGACAGAGGAUGCCUGUCGAUGGCAGCAUAAAUGCUGCUGGAAGCCAGUGGCAGAUCCCAAAGUCCCUGCAUGCUUUUUUCCUAGGAACUGGGGUUAUGAAGUCACCAAUGUCCUUACAAAUGAAAGCACAGGGUUAACUGCUCAGUUGAAGAAAUUGCCAUCUCCAUCUCUUUUUGGAAAUGAUAUUGUUGAUGCCUUAUUGACAGCUGAAUACCAGACAUCCAAUCGUUUUCAUUUUAAGAUCACUGAUUUCAAUGAGAUACGAUAUGAAGUCCCUUCUGAAAACACCAACCUCAUGAAUGGAACUACUAAGAAGGCCAGUUUGAGUUACGAUGUAGAGGUCAUCAAAAAUCCCUUCAGCAUCCGAGUACUGAGGAAGAGCAACAAAAGAGUAUUGUUGGACACUGGCAUUGGGCCCCUCCAAUUUGACCAGCAAUACCUGGAGCUCUCUUUCCGACUGCCUAGCUCUAAUGUGUAUGGACUCGGGGAACAUGUGCAUCAGCAAUAUCUCCACAACAUGAGCUGGAACACCUGGCCCAUCUUCACCAGAGAUACCACUCCCACCAAGGGCAAGAAUAAUCUGUAUGGUGCACAUACAUUCUUCUUAUGCCUGGAAGAUACCAGUGGGGCUUCUUUUGGAGUUUUUCUGAUGAACAGCAAUGCCAUGGAGGUCACACUUCAGCCUGCUCCUGCCAUUACUUACCGAACAACUGGGGGCAUUCUUGACUUUUACAUCUUCUUGGGAAACACACCAGAGCAAGUUGUUCAGGAGUACCUGGAGGUUGUUGGUCGACCUUUCUUGCCUCCCUAUUGGAGCCUUGGUUUUCAGCUCAGCCGCCGGGAUUAUGGUGGCAUUGAUGGGCUGAGAGAGGUUGUACGGCGAAAUCGUGAUGCUGACAUUCCAUAUGAUGUGCAAUACUCGGACAUAGACUACAUGAAUGGAAAUAAAGUUUUCACUAUUGACGAACAGGCUUACCCCAAGCUCUCAGAGUUUGCUAACGACCUACAUGAUAAUGAACAGAAAUAUAUAAUUAUUCUGACUCCUGGCAUUGCUAACCAUGAUCCUAACUAUGAGACCUACAGAAAUGGAAGCAAGAACAGAGUGUGGAUCAUGAGCUCCAGUGGCUUUGCUGUUGGGAAGGGUUAUGCAGGAGAGUCAGUUUUUCCUGACUUUACCAAUCCAGACUCUAUUGCAUGGUGGACCCAGCAGGUCACUGAAUUUCACAAAGGUCUGAAGUUUGAUGGUGUGUGGAUUGAAAUGGAUGAACUAGCCACCGUUGCCCAAGGCUCCAAUGAUAACAAGUGCGAGUCAAACAACUUGAACUCUCCUCCUUUCACUCCCAGCAUCCUGAAUGGCUCCCUGUUGGUAAGCACCCUCUGCAUGGACACAGAAUUUUACUCAGGCCUUCACUAUGACGUCCAUAGCUUGUAUGGCUACACCAUGGCAAAAGCCACAAACUUGGCCCUGGAUGCUGUCUCCUCUUCCACGAGGAACUUUAUCUUAUCACGGUCUACUUUUGCUGGGUCUGGCAAGUUUGCUGGUCAUUGGCUGGGAAACAAUGCAGCCACCUGGGAUGAUCUCAGAUGGUCCAUCCCCAGCAUCCUUGAGUUUAAUCUGUUUGGCAUCCCCCUGGUCGGAGCCAACAUCUGUGGCUAUAAAAACAAUGUCUCCAUAGACCUCUGCACAAGGUGGAUGCAACUCGGAGCAUUUUACCCACUAUCCAGGAAUCACAAUGGUCCUGAAUACUGGGACCAAGACCCUGUUGCCUUUGGCAAUGACUCUCUGCUAUUGCAAUCAUCAAGACAUUAUUUGAACAUUCGCUACACCUUACUGCCCUAUCUCUACACCCUCUUCUACCGAGCUCACACACUGGGAGAGACAGUAGCAAGACCCCUGGUACAUGAAUUCUAUCAGGACCCAGCAACAUGGGCAGUGCAUGAGCAGUUCUUAUGGGGGCCCGGACUCCUCAUCACACCCGUGUUGUAUGAAGGCAUGGACCAAGUGAAAGCCUAUAUCCCAGAUGCCAUCUGGUAUGACUAUGAGACGGGACUGGCUAUCCAAGAAAGGAAACAGUUUAUAGACAUGCCAUUACCAAGUGACAGGAUAGGACUUCACCUUCGAGGUGGCUACAUAUUUCCCACCCAGGAGCCAAGCAGAACCACAAAUGCCAGCCGGAAGAAUCCCAUGGGACUCAUCAUUGCUUUGGAUUAUAAGCGUGAGGCAAAGGGCCAGCUGUAUUGGGAUGAUGGUGUGUCUAAAGGCACAGUGUCUGAAAGAAAGUACAUUCUCUAUGAUUUUUCUGUUGCAUCUAAUAGUUUACAGGCAAAAAUUAUAAAUAAUUUUUAUAUUUAUGGAGAUUCCAAUGACAUCAAGUUCACAGACAUCAGAAUCUUGGGGAUGGACAAAGAACCAACUGAUUGCAAUGUUUUAACGAAUAACAAUAUCAUCCCCAUUUCAAGCUACAACUACAAUGCUUCAGCAAAGAUGUUGAUCAUUAGUAACCUCACAGAACUGAAACUGGGACAAGAAUUCUCUAUUGAGUGGAAACUUGUAGUCAGUGACCUGGAGAAGUUUAACUGCUUCCCUGAGAAUCCUGCAGUAUCCGAGGAAAGCUGCAAGCAGCGGGGGUGCCUCUGGGAGCAAGCAACGAUUCCUGGAGUACCUACCUGUUUCUACGACACCAUUCCCCAGUAUGCUGCCAGUAACAUUCAGUACCAGCCCACAGGCAUCACCAUGGACCUGACCCUCCUGGAAAACUCAACAUCUGCCCGGGCAGCUGCAGCUCCAAGAGUUGUGUCUGAUCCUCUUUCUGGAAAGAUCAGCUCUCUUAAACUGAGUGUGACUUACCAUACAGAAAAUAUGCUGCAGGUCAAGAUUUACAGUACCAGUAAGAAAAGGUAUGAGGUCCCAGUACCCUUGACUAUCCCUUCUCCACCACUUAACACCUGUGAGAACUGCUUGUAUGAUGUAAGUGUUAAGACAAAUCCAUUUGGACUCCAAAUUCAGCGUAAAAGCUCCGGUACUGUAAUUUGGGAUUCUCAGCUUCCUGGCUUCACCUUCAGUGAGAUGUUCCUUUCCAUUUCAACUCGUCUUCCCUCUCAGUACAUCUAUGGCUUUGGGGAAACAGACCAUUCAUCUUUCAGAAAAAAUAUGAGUUGGAACACAUGGGGAAUGUUUGCUCGGGAUGAGCCACCAUCAUACAAGAAAAAUUCCUAUGGUGUUCACCCUUAUUAUAUGGCAUUGGAAGAUGAUAGUAAUGCCCAUGGGGUUCUCCUGUUGAACAGCAAUGCCAUGGAUGUAACACUCCAGCCCACCCCUGCCCUGACGUACCGCACCAUAGGAGGGAUUCUGGACUUCUAUAUGGUUUUGGGUCCAACACCUGAACUUGUAACUCAGCAAUACACCCAGUUGAUUGGUCGGCCAGCCAUGACUCCAUACUGGGCCUUAGGUUUUCAGCUGAGUCGCUAUGGAUACAAGAGUGAUGCUGAAAUUAGCGAUUUAUAUUCUGCAAUGGUCGCAGCGGAGAUUCCUUACGAUGUCCAGCAUGUAGACAUUGAUUACAUGGACCGGAAGCUGGACUUCACCCUCAGCCCCAGCUUCCAAAACCUUGGUGUCCUGAUUAAUCAAAUGAAGACAAAGGGCAUGAGAUUCCUUCUCACUCUGGAUCCAGUCAUUUCUGGCAAUGAGACACACUAUCGCACAUUCAUUCGAGGACAGGAAAAAAAUGUGUUCAUCAAAUGGCCUGAUUCCAAUGACAUUGUCUGGGGCAAGGUGUGGGCAGAGUUGCCCAACGUAAAUGUGGAUGGAUCCCUUGACCAUGAGACUCAACUUAAGCUAUACAGGGCCCAUGUUGCUUUUCCUGACUUCCUGCGUAACAGCACAGCCACAUGGUGGAAGGAGGAGAUAAGAGAGCUCUAUUCAAAUCUUCAGGAGCCACAGAAAAGUUUGAAGUUUGAUGGGCUGCGGAUUGAUAUGAAUGAACCUUCAAACUUUGUGGAUGGAGCUGUCGGGGGCUGCCGCAAUGACACUCUCAAUAAACCACCCUACAUGCCAGAUUUGGAAGCCAGGAACGUGGGCCUGAACAGCAAGACACUAUGCAUGGAGAGUGAGCAAAUCCUUCCAGAUGGCUCCCGGGUGCCGCACUAUAAUGUGCACAGCCUGUAUGGAUGGUCCCAGACCAGACCCACCUACGAAGCUGUGCAGGAAGUGACAGGAGAGAGAGGGAUCGUCAUCACACGCUCCACAUUCCCCUCUUCUGGACGCUGGGGAGGACACUGGCUGGGAGACAACACAGCUGCCUGGGACCAGCUGGGGAAAUCCAUCAUUGGCAUGAUGGAGUUCAGUCUCUUUGGAAUACCUUAUACAGGAGCAGAUAUUUGUGGGUUCCUUGGAGAUGCUGAGUAUGAGAUGUGUAUCCGCUGGAUGCAACUGGGAGCCUUUUAUCCUUUUUCCAGGAACCACAACACGGCCGGGACUAGGAGACAAGACCCUGUGGCCUGGAAUUCAACUUUUGAAGAGUACUCCAGAAAAGUGCUGAGGGUCAGAUACUCCUUGCUGCCAUAUCUGUACACUCUGAUGCACGAAGCUCACACAAAGGGCAGCACUGUCAUCCGACCGCUUCUCCAGGAGUUCACAGAAGACAAUACAACAUGGGAUAUAGACUACCAGUUCAUGUUGGGUCCAGCCAUCCUGAUCAGCCCUGUUCUGGAACGUAACACAUUUGAGAUCCAAGCUUAUUUCCCCAGAGCCUGUUGGUAUGACCACAGCACGGGAUCUGGCUACAAUUCAUCAGGUGAGUGGAAAACACUGCUGGCUCCUCUGGACCACAUCAACCUUCACAUAAGAGGAGGCUACAUCCUGCCUUGGCAGGAGCCUGGAAUGAACACUUACUACAGUCGACAAAAUUUGAUGGGAUUGACGGUUGCUUUGGAUAAUGAUGGGAAGGCUGAAGGCCAAUUGUUUUGGGAUGAUGGACAAAGCAUUGAAACAUAUGAAAAGGGGAACUAUUUCUUGGCUACCUUUAGAGCAGAAAAGAACAGCUUGAAAAUCCAGAUCCCACAUAAUAAGUUUCUGAGUGACACAAAUCCACUGAAAAUUGGAUACAUUAGAAUCUGGGGUUUAAACGAUUCUUAUGUGGUACAGGUCAUUUGUACCUACAACAACCAGCAAUUCACCCAGAAUAAUUUCACAAGUGAGCCCUAUAAUCAGAAAUUAACAAUUCGAUUGACUGGAAAGAAUAUGAACCUAGAAAAGCUGACUGAAGUUACUUGGGUUUACGGAGAUCCUGUACCUCCUACACCGAAUGCAACCAGUGUAUUGCCCACAAGCCCUCACCCAUCUGAAUCUAGCACUGAAACUGUGACCAGUCCUGCUCUCAUAACCACCCCUGAAACAAUAAGUACUUUCACAACCACACUUCCUACUAUAACUACACCUUUCCCUACAACUACUGAGACAAGUACUGCUGUCAAUACAACUAACACCACAUAUCCUAAUACAACUACACCUUCCCCUACAAGUCCUCCUUCUACUAACGCUAGUAAUGUGAUACCUGUCACAACCACAACCACUGAGAUAAGUACCAUUGACAAUACAACUAACACCACCUUUCCUAAUACAACUACACCUUCCCCUACAAGUCCUCCUACUACUAAUGCUAGUAAUGUGAUACCUGUCACAACCACAGCUACUGAGACAAAUACCGUUGACAACACAACUAGCACAUUUCCUGAUACAACUCCACCUUUCCCUAUAAGUCCUCUCACUACUAACACUAGUGAUAUACCUGUCACAACCACAACCACUGAGAUAAGUACCAUUGACAAUACAACUAACACCACAUUUCCUGGCUUAACCCCACCCUUCCCUACAAGUCCUCCUCCUCCUAACACUAGUGAUGUGAUACCUGUCAAAAUCACAACCGCUGAGAUAAGUACCAUUGACAAUACAACUAGCACCACAUUUCCUGACAUAACCCCACCCUUCCCUACAGAUCCUCCUCCUACGAACACUAGUGAUGUGAUGCCUGUCAGAACCACAGGUAUAGAGUCACGUACUGGUGACAACAACUAAUAUGAAAUUCUUGACAUAACUACACCUUUCCCUACAUGUCCUACUACUGUUAGCACUAGUGCUAUCAUUCCUGUUGCAAUGAUGGCUACUGAGACAAGUACUAUUAAUGCCACAGCAUCUCUCCUCUUCCAGAUAUAG